CUGGGAGGUGUCCGUGAACGCAGCCUAAUCCAGCCCAGCCGCUGAGUAGCCAUUUUGGUCCCACCUAAAACAGACAGACCAGCUUCACUUUGGGCCGUCGGAGAUGGAAGAAACCGAGUCGACGGCGAGUAUUUCAGCCACCCAAAACGUUUGAAUCCCUCCGAGAAACAUCGACAGGUGACACUCGACGCCAUGGCUUGUUUCUAAACAGAGUUGGUCAGUGGGGGGAAAAAAAAGCCCGGGGCGAUUUUUUUUUUUUUUUUUUUUUUGGAAGUGGCGACCGACAGCGCCUUAACCUCAGUUUAGUUAGCUUCACUGACUCCAACCAAAACGGACAGACGGACCCUGAUUUCCUUCGCCGGUCGAGUUUGAACGCAGGCCAUGUAAAUAGUGAACACGGGAUUAUUGUGCUCAUUAGUGAGUGGGGUGGUUUUUUUUGUUUUUUGUUUUUUUGUCUUCCCUUCAGUCCUUUAACAGUUCAGGUGCUCGGCUCUAACACGUCCGGUCUGGUUUUUUGAAAAUUGUCACGAUCCAUGCUGAGACUGUUUCCCCCGGAGAGAGCUGCAAAGCAAAGCAAUCAUUUUAUUUUUCGGUUGUCGGACUGAAGGAGGCUUUGGUGGAUUUUUGGAGCUCGGACGGCGACUGGUGGAAGAAGACGGACGAUUAAAAGAUGUCAACAAAAACUCCUUUACCGACGGUCAACGAGAAGGUGACGGAGAGUCACACGUCUCACAGUAAUGGCCGUCAGGAGAUCAGCACGCGCUCGGCCCGGACCGGCGUGCGUUCCCGCAGCUCCGAGGAGCCGCAGCAGCCGCACGUCGGCAACUACCGGCUGCUCAAAACCAUUGGGAAGGGCAACUUCGCCAAGGUCAAACUGGCCCGACACAUCCUCACGGGCAGAGAGGUGGCAAUUAAGAUAAUAGACAAGACGCAGCUGAACCCAAACAGCCUUCAGAAGCUCUUCAGAGAAGUUAGAAUAAUGAAGAUCUUGAACCAUCCCAAUAUAGUGAAGCUUUUUGAAGUGAUUGAGACGGAGAGGACGCUCUACCUAGUGAUGGAGUACGCCAGCGGAGGAGAAGUCUUCGACUACCUGGUUGCACAUGGAAGAAUGAAGGAAAAAGAGGCCAGGGCUAAAUUUAGACAGAUCGUAUCAGCGGUGCAGUACUGCCACCAGAAGCACAUUGUUCACAGAGACCUCAAGGCUGAGAACCUGCUGCUCGAUGCAGACAUGAACAUCAAGAUCGCAGAUUUUGGCUUCAGUAAUGAGUUCACCAUGGGCAACAAGCUGGACACGUUCUGCGGUUCUCCGCCGUACGCAGCGCCGGAGCUUUUCCAGGGGAAGAAGUACGACGGGCCGGAGGUGGACGUCUGGAGUCUGGGGGUCAUUCUGUACACGCUGGUCAGCGGCUCGCUGCCCUUCGAUGGACAGAACCUCAAGGAGCUGCGGGAGCGUGUGCUCAGAGGGAAGUACCGCAUCCCUUUCUACAUGUCCACAGACUGUGAGAACCUCCUCAAACGCUUCCUGGUGCUCAACCCGUCCAAGCGGGGUACUCUCGAGGUGAGGGAGGACGCAGAAAAUCAAAUCAUGAGGGAUCGAUGGAUCAAUGCAGGAUUUGAAGAGGACGAGCUCAAGCCUUACACUGAACCUGAGCUGGACAUCACGGACCAGAAGAGAAUAGAUGUGAUGGUCGGGAUGGGCUUCAACUUGGAGGAGAUCCAGGAGUCUCUGGCCAAGAUGAAGUACGACGAGAUCACAGCCACCUACCUGCUGCUGGGCAGGAAGGCCUCCGAGCUGGAGCCCAGCGAGUCGGCCUCCAGCAGCAACCUGUCUCUGGCCAAACCCAGACCCAACAGCGAGCUCAACGGCCAGUCGCCCUCACACCUCAAAGUCCAGAGGAGCGUCUCCUCCAACCACAAACAGAGACGUUACAGCGAACAAGUCGGUCAGAACGUCCCUCCAGGGAUGUCUCAUCCAAAGAGGAGUCAGACCACCACGGCCGAGAACAGCACCAAGGAGGAAGGUGGAGUCCAGCUGCGUAAACCCACCACCCCGGGCAGCCGCGGGGCUCCACCCGCCAGCCCUCUGCUGGGCAACGCCAACAACCCCAACAAGGCCGACAUCCCCGACCGCAGGAAAGGCGCCACCACCGGCCCAAGUAAUAACACCGCGUCGGCAGGUAUGACCAGGAGGAACACGUACGUCUGCAGUGACAGAAACAACACGGACCGCCUCUCCGUCAUCCCCAACGGGAAGGAGAACAGCAGCGUCGCCGUGUCUCCCGGCACCCAGAGGAACCCGGUGGCGUCGAUCCACAGCAUCGCCAACGCCACCACACCCGACCGACUGCGCUUCCCGCGAGGCACCGCCAGCCGCAGCACCUUCCACGGCGGCCAGCUGAGGGACCGCCGCACGGCCACGUACAACGGGCCGCCGGCCUCGCCCACCCUCUCCCACGAUGCCACCCCUCUCUCUCAGACCCGCAGCCGUGGAACCAGCAACCUUUUCUCCAAACUCACCUCCAAACUCACCCGCAGAAACAUGUCAUUCAGGUUUACCAAAAGAGUCUCAACCGAGUUUGAGAGAAACGGGAGACUUGAGGGCUCAAGUCGCCAUGUACCUGGGGAUCAAAAAGGGGAAAAUAAAGACAGUAAACCCCGCUCCCUCAGAUUCACUUGGAGUAUGAGGACCACCAGCUCCAUGGAGCCUUGUGAUAUCAUGCGGGAGAUUCGCAAGGUGCUCGAUGCCAACAACUGCGACUACGAACAGCAAGAGAGUUUCCUGCUUCUUUGCGUCCACGGGGACGGGCGAGCCGAGAACCUGGUCCAGUGGGAGAUGGAGGUUUGCAAGCUGCCCCGUCUCUCCCUCAACGGCGUCAGGUUCAAACGGAUAUCCGGAUCAUCCAUCGCUUUCAAAAACAUUGCUUCCAAAGUUGCCAACGAGUUAAAGCUAUGAACAAAAGGGUUUAAAAGUAUACAUAUAUAUAUCUAGAAGUAUUUAAGCUGUACAAUCAUCCAAGUAGCAGUUUCCAAAUGUCUCCUUUUUUUAAACAAAAUACAGAGUAUGUAUUGAAUAUUAUAAUGUAUAGAUUAAGGCUUUUGGCAAUAAUCACUGAAUUACCUACUAAUAUCUCAGUCUAUUCUGGCCACACGGGGUCGACAUUAACGAGUUGAAUAUGAUUUGUCAUGCUGUGAAUGUGGACAAAAAAAAAAAAAAAAAACAUUUUUAGUCUUAUUUAUUUCUUUUUUUUUCUCCUGGAAAAAGAAAAAAAUUACGUAGCGUUUUUGUUUUCAGUGUAAAUAAUGUAUCUUACUUUCAAGACGGCUUCACUGCAAUACUCGAGUUUUUUUUUUCGUUGUUGUUUUUCUUUUGUUUUGUUUUUUUCUUUUGUAUUUCGUUAAAAAGAGUAGAGAUGAUGGGGAGUCCGUGUAAAAUGCCCACAUGGUUUGAGGGUCACUCAUGUCUCAAUUAAAAGUGUCUGUCAACUUGAACGUCCCGUCUCAAGCUGAUCAUUUGUAACCCGACACACAGUCGAGAUGAAAAUAUAGAUAUACAAAAAAAAAAAAAAAAAAGAUGUUUGCUUCCAUUUUCAUGUUUCUGUGUGGAGAUUCAU